UUUGCGGCCUCGCCGAUAAAUGCGCGCCGGGCCUUCGCCUCUCUCGCGCGCCUCACGGGACGGACACCGAAGGAAUUGAAGCGGUUGAUCGAGCGAGAGGCGCCGCGCCAUGUACCCGAAGCCGGAGGAUGGGGGCUUCCCGGCGGCCACGGGCGGCGGCAACGCGUACUACCACCAGGCCGGCGGGGGCGGCGCCUUCGCCGUGCAGGGCCAGGCCCCUCUCGCCGCCUGGUCCACCGGCCUCUUCGACUGCUUCGACGACUGCCACAACUGUACGCUGCGUGACGUGGUGGUGCCCGUGCAUCACGUUCGGGCAGGUGGCGGAGAUCGUCGACCGGGGGUCGACGUCGUGCGGGACGAGCGGCGCGCUGUACGCGCUGGUGAUGCUGCUCACGGGCUGCCACUGCGUCUACUCCUGCUUCUACCGCGCCAAGAUGCGCGCCCAGUACGGCCUGCAGGAGCGCCCCUGCGCCGACUGCUGCGUCCACUACUGCUGCGAGCCCUGCGCCCUCUGCCAGGCGUACCGCGAGCUCAAGAAGCGCGGCUUCGACAUGAACCUCGGAUGGCACGCGAACAUGGAGAGGCAGGGGCACACGCCGGCGACCAUGCCGCCGCACAUGCACCCGGGGAUGACGCGCUGAUGCAUGCUGCCUCAGGAUGCUGCUCGUCUCUGCUAGCUAGAUGACUAUAGGAGUAAUGCAAAGCGUAAGAAUAAUUUAAUGCUUAAUUCGUGGCUCGGCUUAGCAGAUGGGGAAUAAUCGGUUCAUGCUGGUUUUUCUUCUGUAUAUGUAGCUGGUAGAGUAGUAAACUAGUAAUAUGCAUGUAUGUUCAACUUACAUUUGCAGUGUUUUUAGUUCGUGUCCACCAUGGGCGCCCGUGAAAGAAAGGAUUUCAAUUAGGCUCUUCUUGAAUUCAAGUCAAUUCGAUACAGUACAUGUUUCCGGUAUGAAUAGUCUGUUGUUGAACAACAUCCGCAUCCUGUAUUUUUCUUUUGCUACUACCGUGUUCGUUUUGAAUACUUUCCCGGUUUUUCCA